AUGUUCCCGCAAUCGAAACGGGCAACACGUAUUGCGUUGUCGGCAUCAGGGGCGGAGACGGGGGUGGAGCUCGCCGACAUCCUGUCGAGCCGGCUUGGGCUUGCGUCCAACGGGGAGGAGCUCAGCCAGUGCCGCAGGAACAAGCACCUCAUGGCAGAGCAGGUGAGGAGUCACGGGGUCCGGGCUGUUCGCCAGAUGCUGGCCCGCUCGUGGGACGACUGCGAGGCGUUUCUCCAGGACUGGAACCCGGACCCUUUCAAGGCCGUGGUGAAGCCCCUUGAGAGCGCCGGGUCGGAUGACGUGUACCUGUGCCGCAGCCUCGAGGACGUGAAGGAGGCGUUUUCGGUCAUCGACGGCAAGGUGAACGGUCUGGGAGGCGUGAACGAGGGGGCUCUGGUCCAAGAGUACCUGGACGGCACGGAGUACGUGGUGGACAGCGUCAGCAGGGACGGCGUCCACCGGAUCUGCGCCAUCUGGGAGUACGACAAGCGCUCGGUUAACGGGGCGAACUUCGUCUACUUCGGCAUGAAGCUCAACUCCGCAAAGGGCGACAGGGAGCGGGCCAUCGUGGACUACGCGGUCAAGGUGUUGGACGCCAUGGGAGUCGUCCACGGCCCGGGGCACAUGGAGAUCGACAUGACGUUCAACUCGUACCUCAAGCCGUCGGCGUGGGAGGCGAUGCCGAUGCGACCGAUGGACCUUAAGAAGGCGGGGCGGGAGGUGUUCUUCGUGUCGCGGCAGAGCGGGAUGCUCCGCGCCCUCCCUGGCCUGGAAGAGAUCCAGAAGUUCGAGUCGUUCCGAAGACAGGAGGUGGGGGAGAAGAUUGUUGCGGUUGAUUGUGUGGUGGCGAAGCCGCGGGAUUUCGUGUACCAGACUGUGGACUGCUUCACCAGGCCCGGGUCGGUCCAGAUGGUGCACGAGGAGGAGGCGACGGUGUUGAGGGAGUACGAGCGGGUCCGAUCGCUGGAGAAGCGGGGCCUCUUCGACUUCGAGGUGGUGUGCCCCACGCCCCUGCCCACGGCCGCCGUGGUGGUGGUCGACCCGUUCUCUUCCGGCUCCAUCCUGGCCGCGCGGGUGCUGCACCGCAAGCUGCGCCUCGUCAUGGUGUUUUCGGAGGUGGACUCUCCCGUCGCGAACCUGGUCCAGCAAGGCACCAACCUCCGGCCAGACAUGACCAUCCAGCACGACGACCAUCACGAGGACCCCGAGUUGGCGAUCCAGCAGACCAUGCAGGUGGGGGAAGGUUGGUCGAUCGGAGAAUUAUCGUACCGCAUGUGCGGGAUGGGAGAGGAGAAGUUGCCGAGGAUUGUAUGGGAGGCGAAGUGGGCAAACAAAAAGAGGGGUAGACAACCCACGGAAUGGGUCAAGGUUGUAGAGGACGUAUGGAAGGGGCUCGACAUCGACGAAGAUGAAACGCUGGAAACGGAGGGUCUACAGGGGUUCAAGGAGAAGAUAUCUGUUGCUUGUGCCGAGAGAGAAGAACAGAAUCUGAGGAAAGAAUCCAAGGAUAAGGAGGGUCUAGAAGUGUACGGAAUGUUGAAGGAAGGAAUAGGGUUCAAGGACUACCUACNAGAGAAGAUGACCGGGGACAUAGGCCUUCGAGAACGUCGACGAAGACAUAGGACGGUAGACGAGGAAGACGACGAGUUCAAAUGUGAUUGCGGCUUCGAAUGCGAAGACCGUGUUCAUGUAGUCGCGGAAUGUCCGUUGUACAAGAAGGAGAGGGAAGUGUACGUGACUGAGCUGGGAAAAAUAGAUGGAACGUACAGGGGUCGACCUAUCGGACAAGCUCGCCGCACGAAUUGGGACCCGGAACAACGGGGAGGAGUUCACAGAGGCCCGGAGGAACAAGUGAGGAGCCACGGCGUCCGGGCCGCGAGGCAAUGCUUGGCCAGAACCGUGGACCAGGUAACCGCCUUCCUGGACGACUGGAACCCGCCGUCCCCGUGGAAGGCCGUGGUGAAGCCGCUCGAUAGUGCGGGGUCGGACGACGUGUUCCUGGUGGAAACCCGCGAAGAGGCGGUCCGUUGUUUCGAGAUUAUCGACGGAAAGGUGAACGGUCUGGGAGGAGUGAACGAGGGGGCGUUGGUCAUGGAGUACCUGGACGGCACGGAGUACGUGGUGGACAGCGUCAGCAGGGACGGCGUCCACCGCAUCUGCGCCAUCUGGGAGUACGACAAGCGCUCGGUUAACGGGGCGAACUUCGUCUACUUCGGCAUGGAGCUCAAGCCGGCCACCGCCAAGGUUGAGCGCGAAGUGGCAGAGUACGCAAGGCUGGUGCUGGAUGCCAUGGGCAUUGAGAACGGCCCUGGCCACAUGGAGGUAAAAUACACAUCGACGGGCCCCUGCUUGGUGGAGGUGGGGAGUCGAUGCCACGGAGGGGAGGGAACUUGGCAGCCCAUUGCGCAGGAAUGUCUCGGCUACAACCAGAUCGACGCCACGCUGGACUCGUACAUCAAGCCGGACGUUUUCGAGCAGAUUCCCCUGGAGCCCAAAGACAUGGUCAAGACCGGGAAGGAGGUCUUCCUCGUCUCGAAGCAGGAGGGGAGGAUCGCCCGCGUCCCCGGGGUGGACAUCAUCCGUGGCCUUGCUUCUUUCCGGACUUUGGAAAUGACUGCACAGCCGGGAUCCUACCUGAGGAAGACGGUGGACUGCUUCACUAGGCCGGGGGCAGUUCAGCUCGUCAACGAGGACAAGGAGCAGUUGAUGGCCGACUAUCUCAGGGUCCGCGAGCUGGAAGACUCGGGUAUGUUCGAGCUCGCCCCCGAGGACGCGGACGGGGGCAUCAACGCCGCCAGGCUGGCGGACGCCUCGCCGAGAGCGGGAGCGCAGCGCUGCGGGUCCUACGACGGGCGAUCGGAGCACUCGAGCACGCUCGCCGCGGCCUCCUCCACCACCGCUGGAGGCGGCACCUCAGCCCUAGAUCGGACCUUCUCGAGCAGCAACCCGGUGCUCGUGUGAGCGUCUUGUCGGAGGCGGUUCGUGAUUUGCUUGGAGGCAUAGGCCACCCAGCUGGAGCAAGGGUCGCACUGUGAAACGUCGGCGUUUGUUUCGUGUGUUUCGAGACGGAGGCGUUUUGCGAACGCGGCAGUGGGUUAGCGGCGCCUCUCCCGAGGACGCCCGCCCCACCUUUCAAAUGAAAAUGUUGUUUUGGUCGUCGAUGGCGGUCCGUGUUUCGGUUGCCUUCUCAUUGAUUGACCCUUAUUUCCCCGAGGUCUCCUGUUUUGCUGGUGAUGGAACCGUAGGCCACUCGUGUGCUUGUUCGGUGUGAAUCACAGGGCAGCCUUCAACCCUUGUUUUUUCGAUUCUUGCAGUUGCUUGUCGAGGUUUUGAGGGCGGGAAGGCGUUUUUCUGUUCGUGGGGGUAACGGCUCAGGGAAGAGAGCGCCUCCUGGUGAUAUGUAGCUACGCUGCUUUGACACGUUUUUGUUUUGGUGGUGGCAGCAGUAGAGCAUGUGUGUGUCUGUUGGCGUCAUCUGUUGGCGUUGGUGCUGUGGUGGGGAGGUGCAUAUGGCACGCUCACGGCAGGGUGUGCUUCUCAAUCAAGGAAGUUGUGAUGCAUUGCACGUUUCGUGCGAUCUGCUCAGUUCUCGCCUGGUCCCGCGGGCGUAUUCAGUAUGUGCACGUUUUUUAUGGGAGUGCCCGCGUACACGCCUGCAACCUACCGUCGAUUCCGAUAGCUUUGUUUGUGUCUGUCUUUCGGGCAUGUGUUGGUUUUGUAGCGAGCUGUGUUGGUUUGGAGCGAGCACCGUGUGAUAAGAGACGGGGGAGCUGGGACGGCAGUAUUUUCUGCCCGGUCUUGUACUACGGUACAGCAGUUGUUGACAACCCGUCCACUCAUUUGUGAAAGGUACACGGUUUCAGUGGCGGACACGCUGCUGGUGUAGCCCAGUACCUAUUGUUUGUGUCGGAAGUUGAGAGUUUUGCCUCAUGACGUGAGAUGUAUUGUUGUUUUGGUGUUAAGGAACGGGGAGAGAUAUGGGCUGGAGCAAGAAUUGGAGCAGAGCUCGCGGGAUAUCCGGUCAGGCGGUCGAGGAUCAUAUGUCACAGAUGGAAAGAGGCAGAGAAGUGGGAUUUUUGUGAUUUCUUACAAGAUAUCCGGUGGAUAGCAGUACUGGGGGGGGAUUGCCAAGCUUUGAGGAGUCCACACCGGAUCGAGCAUGUGUGGAUGUUGGGAUCGGUGCAUGGAGACAAACUAGCAUAAUAGGAAGUUGGAUAAGGUGGGGUGCUAAGAACCCUCACCCCGGGGGUCGCCCCCCUCACCCUGCGCAUCAUCCCACGUUCUCACUAAAUUGCACAAUAUUUAGGAUUUGUUUGUGAGACAACGGUAAGACGAAGGUAUUGAACUAGUCGCACACGGUACUGGUUUCCGAUAGGCACGACGAAUUGGUCAUGAUCUGCUCCUCGUCGAAGAUAAUUCUUGCCGGUGUUCCUCUCCCUGGUUGCCGUGCAUGGGUCGGCAUCGCAGGGAAAUGAGGACGAGACUACUUUAAUGACAUGUACGAGUGA